UAUUAGUACUUUUGACACGAAUGAGGUUCUGUAUUUUGUCGCCACUCAUCGGUAGUCCACGCUAUUAAUUAAUGUCCUCACCUACCGUGUAUCCUGUUUAGUAUUUGACAAACGUUAAUAAGAUAAAAUAUUAAAGUGGAAUAAUCUGAGAUAAACAUGGGGAAAUUAAACGUGACGAUGUUACGAUAUUUAACAAAAGAUGAUUUUCGUGUUUUAACAGCGAUUGAAAUGGGAAUGAAGAAUCAUGAACUUGUUCCUGCAUCACUGGCUGCGCAUAUAGCAAAUUUGCGUUAUGGUGGUGUACAUAAGUUGUUGAAGGAACUAUGCAAACAUAGGCUUCUCAGUUAUGAACGUGGGAAACAAUAUGAUGGUUAUCGUUUGACAAAUGCAGGCUAUGACUAUUUAGCCCUAAAAGUUUUGGCACAAAGAGGUAUUAUUGCUUCUUUUGGUAAUCAAAUUGGAGUAGGAAAAGAAUCUAAUAUUUAUAUAGUUACUGAUGACGAUAGAAAUCCAAUGUGUCUAAAACUGCAUCGAUUGGGAAGGACUUGUUUUAGAAAUAUCAAAGGUAAGAGAGAUUAUCAUCAACAUAGAAAAUCGGCAUCAUGGUUAUAUCUAUCAAGAAUAUCAGCAACAAGAGAAUAUGCAUAUAUGAAAGCACUUUUCGAUAGAGGAUUUCCAGUACCUAAACCAAUUGAUCUCAAUAGACAUUGCGUUGUUAUGGAGCUGGUUGAAGGUGGACCUCUAUGUGGUGUAUACAGACUAGAUGAUGUCGAAUCGUUAUACGACGAAUUAAUGAAUUUGAUUGUAAAACUGGGAAAUCACGGAGUUAUUCAUGGAGAUUUCAAUGAAUUUAAUAUUAUGAUAACAAAUAGCGGAAAACCCAUUCUUAUUGAUUUUCCACAAAUGGUUUCUACCGAGCAUGUAGAUGCUCAAACUUAUUUUGAAAGAGACGUAAACUGUGUUCGUGAUUUUUUUAAAAGACGGUUCGCUUACGAAAGUGAGUUGUACCCGACGUUUCAAGAUAUUUCGAGAGAAGAUUGUAUCGAUGUAGAAAUUAAGGCCAGCGGUAUUACAAAACAAAUGGAAAAGGAUCUUUUGAGGGAAAUAGGCAUGGUAAAAGUUGAAGAUGAAGAAAUUGAGGAGGAUUGUAACGAGGAUACGGAUGAAGAAAUUGAGGAGGAUUGUAACGAGGAUAUGGAUGAAGAAAAUAGAAGUAUGAAUAACAGUGGAAUUAAUUAUUUACAACUUCAAGUCCACAAUUCUGUGAGAAAUGAAUUUAUGUGUAUAUCAAAGAAAACAUCCGAAGACUCAGAAGCAAAUGAGAAGAAAGACUCAACUGUUUUAUCUGCAGAAGAUCGUAUUUUAGAAGAAGGUGUAAAAAAUAUCGAUAUGAGUAAGUCAGUGGGAAACCUAAUAGGCAAGAAGUCAUAUGAUUUAAAUGUGAAGCACAACGAAGAAAUAACCAAUUCGCUUCUUUUUACAGAAACAUAUGAUUCAGAAGAUGAUGACGUAGAAAAAUUUAAUGAUUUGGAAACUAUGUACAGUAGUACCACAGCUUCAACGAUAGACCCUGAACUUAUUAAGAAAAAGGUGAAAAUAGCUUUACAAAAACGUGAAAAGAGGGAGCAAUCCAGAAGAAUUCUCGCGAAAGGAGAGGCAAAUGCGACAACUAGAGUUAGAAGGGAGAAUAGGGAUACGAUUAAACAAUCAACAGGGAUAUGGGGGUGGGAAUAAAAAUGAUACACUUUUGCUACUUAUUGUAGAUGAUUUAUUUAAAAAUAAAAAACAACAAAAGUAAAAAAUAAAACAAAGAUAACAAAUAA